CAACAGCGACCGACCGUGGCCAAGCAGCACGAGAGAGAGGAGGAGAGCCAUAACGGAACGGAGGGAUCGCUGGCUGAUUUUUCGCUCCCCUGCAAGCCUUCAAAUUAAACCGUGGCGCCCGACACAAAAGGUACCGUUUUUUGUGCAAAUGAUUUGUGCGUUAAAAUAGGGAGAUCUCGUGUCGUCAGCAUGGAUUAAAUUGUGUGUAUCACUGUGCAUUUUACAACGGAGAAUCAAAACAUUGAAGACAGCGCGGACAUCUUGAACAUAAAUUAGAGGCUGGGCCUGACGGAAUAGUAAAAGAAAGCACCGCGAUAAUCGGAGUGAUUGUGCAUUUGACUACGAGUUUAUCCGUGAUUAUUGUGGGCCUGUUUCACUGUAGCACCGCCAAUAACCUGCUCAGUCAUGGCUUGGCCCUGCAUAACGCGGGCUUGCUGCAUGGCUCGCUUCUGGAACCAGCUCGACAAGGCUGACAUUGCGGUGCCUUUGGUCUUCACCAAGUACUCGGACGUGUCCGAGAUGCAACAUCUCCACAAUAUUCAGCAACACCAUCCACACAAGCAGCUGUGCGGACCGCUCCGAGCCAACCUGGUCGCUAUAGAAACGCAGCCCUCUCACCGGGACCUGGAGCUGGAUCACGGGCAUAGUAAUAAAGGGCCGAUUCGGGAGAAAUCCUGCGAGUCCGUUACGCGCCAGGACUAUAAACACUGGCGAGUCCGGCCCGAGCCGAGCUGUAAGCCCAAAAACGAGUACCACAUGCCAGACACCCCCUUCAACAACGAGACACAGUAUCAGAAAGAUUACAAGCCGUGGCCCAUCCCGAAAAGGGGUGACCAUCCUUGGAUCACCAAACCUGGUGGUGCGGACGACCGCGUCCCUGAUAGGUCAAAACAUGUACACGGAGGAGGAACAGGAGAUGUUGUUGACAGUGGCGUGGAGAAGAGCCAGAUAGCAGACAAGGUGCAGGAGAAGGAAAUACUGCAACACGAGAGGAAAAAGAGGCAGGUGGUGACGAAGGGGGAGAAGAGGGUCGGUGGGGUGACCGUGGAGAGGCGACAGCAGCAAGGGGAGCUGACCGCAGAGGGCAAGCCGAGGGCCGCGGUGGAUGCCCUGAACCGGCAGAUCAAACAGGAGGCCGGUGGCAGCUCCUACAGGAACGAGUUCAAGGCCUACACUGACGUGAAGCCGGCCAAGAUGAUCAGAGCCAAGUCCCAGUACCUCCCUCCGGACGACAAGACCAACCUGGAGACCAGCUACAGCGCCACCUACAGGGGGGAGCAGGGCAAGCUGCAGCCUGCUGACAACAAGGCCACAGAGAGGAGGAGGAUACGCUCCCUCUACGCAGAGCCCAGCAAAGUGGACAGGCCGACCGCCCAUCGACCCAGACCCAAAAAGGCCGGCACCGCCGCGGGCACCUCCGGCGCCACCACGUCGGGCCCGGGGGGUAAGGCGGUGAGGAAGCCCAGGGACAAGCAGGCGGCCGGGGCACGCGGCUCCCGGAAGAAGGCCUCGGAGAACCAGCCGCUCACCCGGCCCGAGGGAGGCGACAAGGAGAAAAGUAAAGAGAUGAACAACAAACUGGCUGAGGCGAAAGAGUAAAAACACCAUUGCACUUCUCCUUUUAACCACUUCCUUUACAAAGCUUC